AUGAAAGCUAUAGUUUAUCACGAUAGAGGAGAUGUCCGUUAUCAUGAUGAUUUCAAAGAACCUCAAAUUUCAAGACCAGAUGACGUUAAAAUUAAAGUUCACUAUUGUGGAAUUUGUGGUUCAGAUUUAAAAGAAUUUACUGAUGGUCCAAUAUUCUUUAGUGAAAAAGAUACCAGAAAUGAAAUUUCAGAUUUACCUUACCCUCAAUGUAUGGGUCACGAGAUUAGUGGAGAAAUUUUUGACGUUGGUUCAAAUGUUACAACUUUAAAGAAGGGUGAUAAAGUCGUAGUUGAAGUUACUGGGACUUGCUUCGAUAGAUAUAGAUUCCCUGAUUCUCCAAACUUUAAUAAAAAAAAAUGUGCCAGUUGUCUUGAAGGUCAUUAUAAUGCUUGUGCUUAUUUAGGGUUACAAGGUUUAGGGUUCGAUAAUGGUGGUUGUUCUGAAUUCUUAGUAACUGCCGCUACAAAAGCGGUUAAAUUCGAUGAAUCAAUUAUUCCAAUGGAUGUGGCUGCUUUGAUUCAACCCAUUGCCGUUAGUUGGCAUGCAGUUCGUGUUUCUAAUUUUAGAAAAGAUUCUUCGGCAUUAAUUUUAGGUGGUGGUCCAAUUGGUUUGACCACUAUUUUUGCAUUAAAAGGUAAUAACGUUGGGAAAAUCGUUCUUAGUGAACCGGCUUUAGCAAGAAGACAAUUAGCUGAAAGAUUAGGUGUAACCGUUCAUGAUCCAAGUGGGAAAUCAAUCGAAGAAAAUAUUAAAGAAUUAAAAGCUUUAUCACCAGGUGGUUAUGGUUUUAAUUUCUCAUAUGAUUGUUCAGGGGUUCCAGCUACUUAUCAAACCAGUGUUAGAGCUUUAAACAUUAGAGGUGUUGCAACCAACGUUGCAGUUUGGGCUCAUAAGGCAGUCGAUCAUUUCCCAAUGGAAUUAACCCUUUCUGAAAAAAUGGUCACUGGAUCCAUUUGUUUUGUUAAAGAAGAUUUUGAAGAAGUUAUUGACGCUUUAGAAAAAGGUUUAAUUCCAGUUGACGAAACUAAAUUAUUAAUCACUUCCAAAAUCCAUUUAGAAGAUGGAGUUGAAAAGGGAUUCUUAGAAUUAAUUCAUCAUAAAGAAAAACAUAUCAAAAUUUUAUUCUCUCCAAAAGAGGAAUAUAGAUCAAAAUAA